CAGUGAUUUGCAGAGAUAUGGUGGGCCGUGGCAUUCCAGGCAGACAUUGAAGUUGCCAAUUUUGUUGUGGCGCCCCAGCUUGAAGUUUCCGCACCAUGAGCGUUGUGCAUACAUGUGGGCUCAGAUCAGGUUUUAGUAGCCUGGCCCUGCAAGCGGGAUUGUACCGUCCUGGUGGUACAAUCUCUGGCCUCACCAACCUUCCGCAAGAGUGGUUGCUCUUUGGGGCUUUCGACCCCAAAGCCCCUGCUCUUACGCCUCGCUUUGAGCGUCCGCACUUUGACAGUCUCAGACUUGGCGCCAGGCUUGCUAGAAGCUGGCACAGAAUGUUCAAUAAAGGGCAGACUCGUUUAGACUCGAUGUUUUUCGGCGGGGACUCCUUUGGAGGGCGCUCCUAUUCGAGCCGCUCUCAAUACAGGGAGCCUGAAGUGCCCCCCCCAAGCCAGUGGUAUAAAUUGUCACAAGACUGCUUGCUUGCGUUGCACAAGGGCGACAUAACCACGUGGUUCGUGGACAUGAAGACGGAUGCGAUCGUGAACGCCGCAAACAGGGCGAUGCUCGGAGGGGCUGGGGUGGAUGGUGCCAUUCACAGGGCUGCCGGAGAGGACCUGUACUACGCAUGCAAAGCAAUUCAGCCUGUGGAGCCGGGGGUGCGCUGUCCUACCGGAGAGGCCAGGAUAACAGAAGGGUUCCGCCUGCCGGCCCGCGCCGUCAUCCACACUGUGGGUCCGAUCUACGAGGGCAAAGAGGAGUCUGAGCCUCUGCUGGCUGCGUCAUACAGGAACUCAAUCCUUCUGGCUGCCGACAAGGGAAUCCAGUACCUCUCCUUCCCGGCAAUUUCGUGCGGAGUCUACGGGUACCCAUACGACGAAGGGGCGCGAGUGGCUCUUACAACGUGCAGAGAUAAUGCGGAUAAGCUCAAGGAGAUUCACUUCAUACUGUUCGAGCAGCCGGCCUGGCUGGCGUGGCGGAAGGCCGCACGCGAUCUCGGACUCCCGCUCAUUGAGAUUGACGAGGAGGCUCGCAAGGCGUCUCAGGAGCAGGCUCGCGAAGAGAGGCGGGCGAAACUCAGGGAGGAGCGAGAGCGGGAGCGCGCAGCGAGGGGGGGAAGAUCGCCUGAGGACCCAACCCCCCGUCGGGGAGUCUGGGGAAUGGGGGGUCGCAGUGGUGGUGACGAGGGGGGGGGGCGAUCCAGGAAAGAGGGACGGAGCGGUGGGGAAAGAGGGUACGGAAGCUUUUUGGGGGGGAACGCGGGAAGAGGUGUAGGGGGAUUGAUGGAUCUCGUGGGGAACGCCGGAACCAAGAAGGAUGACGGGGCGUACAACGGGUGGAAAACGGGAAAGGCUGGUGCUGGGUUCGGCGAUUCCGCUGCGGAAAAAGAGAAAGGAGGGCCGGAAGAGGACGCCGAAAUGCAGGACAGUGACUCUGCGAGAGGGGCGGCGUGGGAUAUGGCAACUGGGUGGGGGUCCGGCGGAACUGAUUCCGGAGCACCGCAGACGGAGGUUGGAGAUAAGAAGGACGAGAGAGCGCCGUCGUGGCUCGCGGGAGGAGAGAAAGAAAGCGAAGAAGAAGAGAAAAGCGAAGUAGAAGAGGGAAGCGAAGCACAAGGGAAGUCGGCAGAAGAAGGAGCAGAAGGAGCUUGGGAUGAGAAACAGGAGUCGGAUGGGGCUCCAAUGAAGAAAGUGUUCAGUUCGAGCGGCAGUUUUAGGACGGGGCAAGAGGACUUUGAGGGAGAGGAGAGUCAAGAGGAGGAAGUGGAGGGGAAGACUAUGAAGCGGGCGCGGAGCGAGGAUGAGUACAAAGAUGCGCAGACUGAAGUGUGGGAUUCGCAAGAUCGGAGGAACAAGAAGUCCGAGGCCGUGCCGACGAGUGGAUUGGCGGAGGUAGCCGAAAAAAGAAGUCUGAGCCUGAGGGAACAGCAGGAGUGGAGUCGUAGAAAGGAGAUUUAAUGGAACAUCUCAACGGAGAUCAAGAAAAGUUUCAGAAGGGUCGAGAGGCUGCGUUAUAAUAUAGGAGCGUGGUUACUAUUAAGUAGCAACUGUAUACAGCUCAACAUAGAACUUUCAUAGAGAUCAAAUUGUCCGAAGCGCAUAGGCUAUAAAAUCCACGGAAUCAGUCCCCCUGGAGCUGCGUGGAUUAUCGCGCGUAAGAGUAGGUUGGCGGUGUGCUCUCUUAUUUGUGACCCCCUUAAAGCAGUGCUGUAAAGCUACCUGGGUUUCGGUUGCACGUAGCUGACGAUAAGUUUGGAUAAGCAAAGCUUUAAAGAGUCGUUGAUCCCGCUUCCGACGGCCAUACCUAUAUGAAUUCAAGCCUAGGACGUACGUGCAUCCAACACAAAACAUGGCUAAGUUCAAAAUGGAGCUCGACAGGUGACGCGUGCAACUGACACCAUAGGGGUAUUGCGAACAAUCCAACGCGUAGGCAGUUGGCAGGUUAGAUCGCGAGGGGCCAUGCGCUUCAAAAUUACUGAAUAGAUG